GUUUAGAAUUAAAAUAAAACUCGUUUUUAUUUCUAUAUUUAUGAUAAAUUAUUUAUAUAAUCAGAAUUAAAGAUAAACGAAACGAAUAGUCUGGAUUUCGAGUAUAGAAAUUCUUUGACAAUUGUAAAUUUCCUUUUUAGUUUUUUUUCUUAUUAUCGGAUAUUGAACAAUUACGUUGAUAACUUAAUUAUAUAAAAAAAGCAUUUGUUAAAAUUCAUCCAAGUGUUAAUGGAAACUCUUAUUCAUUAAUUAUCAUAUUUUGAAUUUAGAAAUAAAGAACAAAAUGCGAACAUUAAUUGAUUAUUUUAAAUCAUUUUUGUCAAUUUUAUCGAUUUGAUCUUGAACAAAGAUCAUCAUCAACAAUAACAUCAAAUGAUAAUCAUUGUCAAUUAUAUUUAGAUUGUUUCUCUGAAAUAUGUUUACAUUUAGAUAAAAAAAUCUCUUUAUGGUUAAGAAUUUCUUCAUCUUGUUAAUUAAUCAAAUGGUAUUAUUGAUCAAUCUAGAAAUUCUGUUGAAGCCAAUGCAUCACAAGUUAAAACAUAUUUAGUUACCUUUAUUAAUUGGUUUAUCAUGUCGGCAUGAACAAAUUCAAAUGAAACAUUGGAUUAAGUUUAAUUCCAAUGUUUACAUUAAAUUCAACAAUUAACAACAACUGGUAAACGUUGCUGUGUUUAGCUGAAGAUCUUUUACAUUCAUUAACUGAAUAUGAACAAGUUCCUAAAACAAAAUUUAUCAUCUUAGAAAUCAAACCUUUGUUGGAUUUCUCGUCAAGGUUAGAAAGAUUUUCUAAAUAAAAUUUUACCUAUUUAUAGAUUUAGAAAAAAACGUUCAUAUUCAACCAUAUGAAGGUAAAAGACGAAAAACAUCUGGUUAUGCCAGUGUAACACAUUUUAAUAUAAUAGAUAUUCAAUGUCAUAGAUCAGCUAUUAAACAAGCACGAUCAAGAGAUGAAUCGGAAUCAGCUUUAUUACAAAAUGCAAAUACACCUUCUAAUGGGUUAUUAACAUUAUCGGAACGUGAUGUUGCUCAAGCACAAUUUACAAGAGCAUUUCUAAGGCAACGUCUCCAACAUAAACUAAAACAAAAUAGAUCUUAA